CAUAAAGCAGGAGGCUGGAGUCAUUGUCUUUGUCCGCGUGGACGCGGCUGACUUGCGAACCCACCGGACCAACCAGGACUUGGAGCGUGCGGCGUCGGAGUUCGCCGGCGGUGAGGAGCAGAAGAGGAAGGGAACCAAAGAUGGGCUGCUCCAUCUCGGGGCUCAACGCGCUCUACGAUGCGGCCACGGGCGGCGGCGACGUCUGGAUCAACGAGCGCCGCUUCCGCGUCCUUCGCCAGAUCGGCGAGGGCGGGUUCGCCUUCGUCUACCUCGUCAGAGAGCACCAGCCCGCCUCCGAUGCCGCGUUCGCUAGGCGUGACCCCGCCCACGUCUCAGAGGAUGGAACGUAUGCCAUGAAGAAGGUGCUGAUACAGAGCAAGGAGCAGUUGGAUCUGGUGAGGGAGGAGAUCCGUGUGUCGUCCUUAUUCAAUCACCCCAACCUUCUGCCGCUUCUUGAUCAUGCCAUAAUAGCCGUGAAGGGAGAUUGGAGCCAUGAAGCAUACCUACUUUUCCCUGUUCAUCUGGAUGGUACUUUGUUUGACAACGCUAACAUCAUGCUGUCCAGAAGGGAAUUCUAUUCCACAGCUGAUGUUCUGCAAAUAUUCCAGCAGAUGUGUGAAGGGCUGAAACACAUGCACAGCUUUGAUCCUCCAUACGCUCAUAAUGAUGUUAAGCCUGGUAAUGUUCUUAUAACCUGGCGUAAAGGACAAGCACCUGUUGCAACUUUAAUGGAUUUUGGAAGUGCAAGGCCUGCAAGAAAGGAAAUCCGUUCUCGUUCUGAGGCACUACAGUUGCAGGAAUGGGCCGCUGAGCAUUGCUCUGCUCCUUACCGGGCCCCUGAAUUAUGGGACUGCCCAAGCCAUGCCGAUAUUGAUGAGAGGACAGACAUCUGGUCUCUAGGAUGCACUCUUUUUGCUAUCAUGUACAAUGUUUCACCAUUUGAGUAUGCUCUUGGUGAAUCUGGAGGAAGUCUGCAACUUGCCAUUGUAAACGGGCAGUUGAAAUGGCCAGCAGGACCCAAACCUCCUUAUCCUGAUGAGCUUCGCCAUUUUGUUAUCUGGAUGCUUCAACCUGAAGCUGUAAUGCGCCCUCACAUUUCUGAUGUGGUUCUUCAUGUUGACAAGCUCAUUGCAAAAUACUUGCCCUAGAUCACCCUGGAGUUCCUCUCAUUUCUUUGUUAUACAGUACAGAGCCAAUAUGAUGUAAAAUUGGCCCAUGCUUGACGUCAUUCAGUCCUUGGAUAGGCUCAAUAUUGAUUCUUUUGUAGAACUUUCAGGAUAUUACAUCAGUCUAAUGUCUGUGGAUCUUUGAUACUCAUGGAGUCACGGUGUCAUGUAAAAAUGUCAAACUGAACAUCAAAGCAGCUAUAUGAUAUCCUUGCACUUGGGCUA